AUGGAAAACCAAGAAUUUAUUGUCCUAUAUACUCAUCAAAAGAUGAAGAAAUCAAAAGUGUGGCAAGAUGGAAUUCUGAAGAUCACUCACUUAGGAAACAAAGCAAUUUUAUAUGAUGACAAAGGAGUAUGUUUGGAAAAUCUAUUUCUUAAGUGUCUUGAGGUGAAACCUGGAGAUGACUUAGAAAGCGAACGAUACUUAAUCACAGUUGAGGAGGUUAAAGUUUCUGGAAGCAAAACUAUUAAACAGAAUAUCAUUAAAGAAGCACCACAGUCAGAUUCAUGGAAGUUCAUAUCCUCUGGCCGGUCUCUUGGAUGUCAGCCUGCUGGUUUAAAAAGAAAGUUUCCUGGUUUUAAAGCACCACGUCAGGUCCCAGCGAAAAUGAUUGUUACAGAAAAUGGUGAAUCAGCUGCAUCACUUGAGUCUAAGGAACCUGGCCAUACUUUCUCUUCUCCAUUCAACAGCAUACCUUCUUUGUUUUCUACUGUUGGCAAGAAAGAUAUAAGUACUAUACCAAGAGAUCUCGAAAAUAUUGUUACUUAUGAGAACAGAGAGAGAAAUAGCAUGCCUUUGUCUUCAGUUGUCUCUACUUCAUCCUUCAUGAUUAACCCAGAAAUGCUAGGGGAAAAAAAUUAUUUUUGUUCUCCUAUCAGUACUGGAAGUCAGCAUUCAGACUCUUCACUGAACAAUGAGCCCCUAAGAAGAGACAAUUUGGCAUCUCACUAUCUGAGAGUUUCACAAAAUAUUAGAAGUAAAGCCCAGAUAUUAGCUCUUUUGAAAUCUAAGUCAACCAAUAUGCAUAAGGACCUAAAUUCUGAGAUGACAAGACAUUUACCUCAGGUACAGCCACAAGGAAGUUUAAACAUUCCUGUGAACCCAAAGUGCUUAAUUCAACCGGAAGCAUGUGCUGAGAUGAAGAGCACAGAAAAUUUAUAUGACCAGCAUCAAUCAGAAAAUACCAUGAGAAAUAAAAGCCGGUGGGCCAUGUAUUUAUCCUCACAGAGUUCACCCGUACAUUCCUCUGCUAUAGGUGAGAGCGAUGUAAAAAGGGAACCUAAAUCUUGUGAGGAUGAUAUGAGUUUGAAUUUGAAAGACCUUUUGGUACAAAAAAGGAUGCAGGACUUUGAAACGUGUGAUGAAAAGGGAAAUGAAAUCCAGCUAGUAGAUGAUACCCAUCAAUCCUGGAAUCAGGAAGAAAAAGUAGAAAUACUUUCUUUCUGUGAAAGCAGCAGCUUACUGGGUAGUUGUAGCAGUGCAGACAAUGAUGGGUUAUUAUCAGAAUCUUACAUUCAAGGAAAUAAUAAAAUACCUGUUAAUCAAAGUGACAAGAUGUGCUUGGAAGGAUCAGUUUGCGUUGGAGAAAGUGCUCAGGUCGUAAAUACAGGUAAAACACAACAGGAGCAUAAUCAACCAAUGCCAUCUCUGCUGGAAUCAGAACAUCUACAGAUUGAAUCUUCUAUAAGUAACAAUUCUAAGAUCUCUGAUGGCAUUGCAGAUGUGCUUUCUAAAAGUAGUAGUGAUAGUGAAAGUCUAAAUAAUGUUCAUGAAUCUAUAAGUAAUGUAACAGAACCAUUUUUAGAGAUAAAUUUUAAUCUGAGCAAUUUUGAGACCAGUGAUACAGAAGAGGAAUCACAGGAAAACAAAAUUUCCCAGGAUUCAGAGAGAUGGGUAAAGGAAAUUUUGUCUCACGAUGGCAAUUUAUGUGUUCAAAAGAAAAGUGAGGAUACAAGCUGUCAAGAAAUUGGCAGUGUAUGUUUGCCACUCUUAACAUCUAUUGAUAGCAAACCUACAGAGAUAUUUCCUAUUAAAGAGACUGUAUCACAGUUUUGUGAUAAAACUUGUGUGGGUUUUGACAUGGGGCCUUAUAAAGAUAGAAACUCUGGAAAAGAAAUAGAGGAAGAAUAUAGUAACACAUUAAGCAAUUUUGACUCAUCUUUAGAAUGGAAUGAUGAUGUAUAUGUAUAUAAUAAAGAAGAUGCUAAUAAAUCUAUCAAAAAAAUUGGAAUUAACUAUGAUUUUGCUUCACUUUCAGAUAAGUCAAAAGGUAUAAACAUGAAUUUACAUUUUCCUCAAGUUUUAGACAUAGUCACUAAUCAGAGUCCUAAAAAUGGUGCCCUAUUCUCAGAAGCUAGGAAACCAUUUGCUAUAGGAGUUUCACAAACAAUACCAAAGUCUCCUGAUCAGAAGCAGGAUUCUCAACAGCCUGUUGAGUUUCAAGGACACCAACUGAAAGGAUCAGCUACUAGUGGUGUAAUGGUCAGAGGACAGAGCUCACAGCUAGUAUACAGCCAGUUUCCAGGUAGCAUGGAAUAUCAAAACUUCAUGCCAGAUACUUGUUUUUUGACACCAGAGUUGCUUAGCACUUGUAUGCAGACUGACUUCUUGCAGGUGAAGUCACCAGAACAAAAGUUCUCUACAUUGAGUCCUGUUUCUACUUUUUCUUUGAACUCAAGAAAUGAAGAUGUUCUAGAAUUCUCUGAAGAGUCCCUGAAAGCAGGAACUUCACCUGGAAUGAAAAAAAUUAGUUCUCUGAAGAAUAAAAACCUUCAACGUCCCCCAUUAGUAAGUAGAGCCGGAGUUCCUUCUCCUGAACUGCCUAACUUAGAUUCUUAUUCAUUUGUGUUCAACUGUGACACAUCAGAGUCUUCUGGUUUCCCUACAUUCAACUUGCAGGAAGAGUCAGCAGUUUUUCCCUUUAGCUUUGGGUCUGAGGACCAAAGUGAAACUUUCUCUGAAGAAGCUAUGAAAAUGACUCCAGGGGAUGUUUCACUGCUCAAUACAAAAUCUCAAAGCAAGUGGCUAAAAUAUGAAAAUACAUCCCAAUGUAACUUGACUACUCCAAACAGAGUUGAUCUAGGAACAGAUGGCUUUUUCAAUGAGGCUAUUUCUGGGAUGCAUUUUAGUGACUCCUGUGAAGGGCAGAGUGAAGCUCUGAAUGAAAGUUCUUUAGACUCUGUGCAUUUGCAAAUGAUAAAAGGCAUGCUCUAUCAACAGCAGCAAGGUUUUAGCAGUCAAGAUUUGGUUUCCAGAAAGAAUGCACUUUCUUUGAGUUUAAAGCAGACUUCCAAAUCUGAGGAGGGUCAAAAUGUGUUAGGAAAGUCCACCUGCUACAACUACAGUGCACAGGAUUUACAGGAGAUAAACCGCUCGGAGCUAUGCUUCCCAAGUGGACAAAAAGUAAAAUGUGCUUAUCUUCCCAAAAGGCAGAUUCACAUACCAACUGUUUUUCAGUCUCCAGCUGAUUAUAAGCAAACCUUUACCUCUUGCAUCAUAGAACAUCUAAAUAUAUUGCUGUUUGAGUUGGCACAAAGAUUACACAAAGCUCUUUCAAAAGUUGACAUAUCGUUUUACACAUCAUUCAAAGGAGAGAAAAUGAAAACUGUAGAAAAUAAUUUGCCAUCCUGUCAUCAUGAUCAACCUGCAAAACUUGUCAUGGUUAAAAAGGAAGGUCCAAAUAAGGGUCGUCUCUUUUAUACAUGUGACAGACCCAAAGUGGAUCAAUGUAAAUUUUUCAAGUGGCUUGAGGAAGUAACUCCUGGAUGGUUAACACAGGAAGAGUCUCAACCCAGCAUGGUUUUAAAUGAUAUUAAGAGUAUUGCCUUAUAUUUAAGAAGUCAAAAGAUACCACUCUAUGAGGAAUGCCAUCUUUUGGUGAGGAAAGGAUUUGACUUUCAGAGAAAACAGUACGGCAAACUAAAAAAGUUUACUGCUGUAAAUCCUGAAUUUUAUAGUGAAAAGAAAAGCAAACUUUAUCUUAAAUUGAGUCGGAAAGAAAGUUCUUCGGUUUAUAGCAAAGAUGAUCUUUGGGUGAUUUCAAAAACCCUAGACUUUGAACUGGAUACUUUUAUUGCAUGCAGUGCUUUCUUUGGACCAUCAUCUCUCAAUGAGGUGGAGCUACUGCCCUUGAAAGGUUAUUUCCCUUCUAAUUGGCCUACUAACACAGUGGUCCAUGCAUUAUUAGUUUGUAAUGCUAGCACAGAGCUGACGACUUUGAAAAAUAUUCAAGACUACUUUAAUCCAGCUGCUUUACCUCUAAUGCCAUAUUUGUUAACAAUGUCUCCGUCAACUACAGUUAGCAACAAGAGAGAAAAUAAGAGAAAAUUUAUCCCACCAGCCUUUGCAAAUAUCAGUACAAAAUUUGAACUACUUAGCCUGGGAGAAACAUUGCAGUUAGCUAGUGAGUUAAUUCAGACACACAAGUUAAACAAGGACCAAGCUACAGCUCUAAUUCAGAUAGCUCAAAUGAUGGCAUCCCGUGAAAGUGUUGAAGAAGGGAAGGAACUGCACACCCAUACCCUCCCUAUCACAGUCAUACAUGGUGUUUUUGGAGCAGGGAAGAGUUAUUUGCUGGCAGUGGUGAUUUUGUUCUUUGUACAACUAUUUGAAAAGACUGAAGCUCUUACAGUUGCAAAUACAAGGCCAUGGAAACUUCUGAUUUCUUCUUCCACUAAUGUAGCUGUUGACAGAGUACUUCUUGGCCUUCUCAGCCUUGGAUUUGAAAAGUUUAUCAGAGUUGGGAGUGUAAGAAAGAUUGCCAAACCAAUUUUACCUUAUAGCUUGCAUGCUGGUUCAGAAAAUGAAAAUGAACAGUUAAAAGAACUACAUGCACUAAUGAAAGAAGAUCUGACCCCUGUGGAAAGAGUCUAUGUAAGAAAAAGUAUUGAGCAGCAUAAACUGGGGACCAACAAAACCCUGCUGAAGCAGGUUCGAGUAGUUGGAGUUACCUGUGCAGCCUGCCCAUUCCCAUGCAUGAAUGACCUUCAGUUCCCUGUGGUUGUGCUGGAUGAGUGUAGUCAAAUAACAGAACCAGCCGCUCUCCUUCCCAUUGCAAGGUUUAAAUGUGAAAAGCUGAUUCUUGUUGGAGACCCCAAACAGCUGCCUCCUACUAUUCAAGGUUCUGAUGCAGUUCAUGAAAAUGGAUUGGAACAAACUCUUUUUGAUCGACUUUGUAUAAUGGGUCACAAGCCAAUUCUGUUGAGAACCCAGUAUCGUUGUCAUCCUGCAAUCAGUGCUAUUGCCAAUGAUCUAUUUUAUGAAGGAAACCUCUUGAAUGGUAUUUCAGAGACAGAGAGGAGCCCUUUAUUAGAGUGGCUACCCACCCUGUGUUUCUAUAAUGUUAAAGGACUGGAACAGAUUGAAAGAGAUAACAGCUUUCAUAAUGUGGCAGAAGCUGCUUUUACUCUCAAGUUGAUUCAAUCAUUGAUAGCAAGUGGAAUCGCCAGCCCUAUGAUUGGAGUGAUAACAUUAUACAAAUCCCAGAUGUAUAAGCUCUGUCAUUUACUCAGUGCUGUGGACUUUGACCAUCCUAAUAUUAAAAGUGUGCAGGUGUCCACAGUAGAUGCUUUUCAGGGUGCUGAAAAGGAGAUCAUUAUUCUUUCCUGUGUAAGGACAAGACAAGUAGGAUUCAUUGAUUCAGAAAAACGAAUGAAUGUUGCAUUGACCAGAGGAAAGAGGCAUUUGUUGAUUGUGGGAAAUUUAGCCUGUUUGAGAAAAAACCGACUAUGGGGGCGUGUGAUCCAACAUUGUGAAGGAAGUGAAAAUGGAUUGCAACAUGCAAGCCAGUAUGAACCCCACCUGAACCAGCUCCUUAAAGAUUAUUUUGAAAAACAAGCAGAAGAAAAACGGAGGAAAAAGACUGAAAAAGAAAAAUCUAAAGAUAAAUCUCAUUCACAAAAAGACAUAAUUUAGGAAUUUUGUAUUAAUGUAAAUUGAUUCAUUUUCAAAACUCUUGUAGGAAAAAAUCUCUAUAAUAUCUUAAAAACAUGCUAAGUAAAUACAUCUAAA